AUGACGAAAAUUGAACAAGCCUUGAAUGAUAAAGUCUUGGAACUCCAAGAUCAGCUACAAGAAGUCAUAAAGGGAAAGAACCAGGCCUCAAUCCAUAAUUUCCACUUCACAACAGAUCUUGCAUUUACAGAUGAGGGGGCAGCACGUCAAUGGUUUUCUCGUCUCCCCCCACGAUCUUUCUCCAAUUUCACAGCCCUGGGGUGGGCCUUCCUGGCUCACUUCGUAAGCAGCAGGGUACACAAGAAGAUAGCUGCCAAUCUCCUGGCCAUAAAGCAGCAGCCAGAAGAAUCCAUCAGAAGUUUUCUCACAAGAUUUAAUAAAGAAGCUCUGCAGUUGCAAAACCUGGAUCCAAUGGUGAAAUUCCAAGCUCUGCGAAGUGGAAUCCGAGAUAUCGAGUUGAAAAAGUCAUUAAUCAUGGAUGAACUUGGAGAUAUGUACGAACUAUUUUCGAGGUGCGAAAAGUAUAUCAACUUGGCUGAAGUUCUUACGACAGAAAGGGAAGAUAAAACCGAGAAGAAGGCUCCGGGGAAGAAGGAAGAGACUCCUCGAGAGGCCGGCACAAAGCGCAACCGAGAUGAUGAGGAUGGAAAGAAAAGAAAAGAUGAAAGAAAAGCUUGGGCUCCUCGGGCCCCAGACAAAGAAUCCGAGCCAAGUUAUACUACCCUGACACGUACCCGGGCACAUAUAUUGAAUGAGAUUAAAGAUCAAAUAACCCUAUGCCGGCCAGCAAAAAUGGUCAAGCCAGCCCACGAGCGCAAUAAAAAUAAGUACUGUUGGUUUCACCAAGAUCAUGGUCACGAUGCCGAGGAAUGCAGACAGUUGAAGGACGAGAUAGAAGCGCUCAUCCGGAGAGGGCGUCUCAAUCGAUUCGUCAAAAAGGAGGUGAAUGACCGAAGGACGGAUUACCGAGCUCGAGAGCCCGAGGGAAGGCGGAGAUCACCCCUAAAGCUAAUAAAGAAGAAAUCCCCAGAGGUGAACCCCACGCCGAGAAUGCGCCGCUUAGAGAGAUCACAACCAUAUUUGGUGGACCUGGCAUAG